AUGUUGUUGGUGUUCACGGCAGAUAUCACGGAGUCGAGAAAUCUUAACCAAGUACAAAUUGAAGUUCUGACAUUCUUGGCAGCAGAAUUUCUCUAUCGUUUUCAGGAACUGUACACGAAACGUCAUAGCAUUCAAAAUAUAUACACUUUAAAACAUUUAUAUCAGUCAGUGCGUAAUUAUAGUCAAUUAUCCAAUUAUUUAACAUUUAAUUUCGAAGAUGAGCGUGGUCAAAUAGUGUCUACUGUACGUGGUAUUAUAAAUCAUGCAGCAGAAAUUAAACAUAAUCUUAACACAUUAAAAGAAGGUCCGCCGGCCCAUCAAGAAAUCAAAGUCAAAGAAAUAACUAAAUCGUUACAAACACGUUUGGAUUCGAUGAUGAAAGAAGACAAGAAGGCAACGGAAGAAUUUGCAUCAGAUCCAAAUGUGAUUGUUGUUAAACGAACGAAAAAACGUAGAAGAGUGGUACCUCUUCCGUCUGCCACAAGUACGGAUACUACACCGUCUGCUUAUCCGGAAUCUCUGCCACAUUCGGCUCCAUCAGAAAAUGUGUCGAAUGCAGCAGAACGAUAUGCUUGUUCGUUUGCUUUUCCACCGAUCAAAAUUAUACCGCUUACGACUAACAAUCAGAUGCCCAACUUGACUGGACCUAUUGUUACCAGAUUUCUCGAUGAAUUUCGUUUGCCCGAUGUAGCUGAGUCCAAUAUAGCGUAUUGGAGAAUUAGAUCUGGGAAUCUCUUGUUUGGAAUAUCCGAAAAAGAUUCCUCGACUGCUUUCACUGUUGAUACUUGGCGUACCGAUAGCGAUGAACGUUGA